CUUCCGGGGCAUGUGGAAGUGCGCAGCGCCAAGAUGGCGACGGCCGCGGUCGGAGUCUCCUUGAGGCGCGGAGUCCCCGCGCGGUUCCUGCGGGCCGGACCGCGGGCGGUGCUCCGGCAGGCGCAGACGGCGGCGGCGGCGCCGCGGCUGAAGAAAUUCGCCAUCUACAGAUGGGACCCCGACAAGGCCGGGGACAAACCCCGCAUGCAGACCUACGAGGUGGACCUGAACAAGUGUGGGCCCAUGGUGCUGGAUGCCCUGAUCAAGAUCAAGAACGAGAUGGACUCCACGCUGACCUUCCGCAGGUCCUGCAGGGAGGGGAUCUGCGGCUCCUGCGCCAUGAACAUCGCGGGGGGCAACACCCUGGCCUGCAUCAAAAAAAUCGACAGUGACCUCAGCAAAGUCACCAAAAUCUACCCCCUGCCCCACAUGUACGUGGUGAAGGACCUGGUUCCGGACCUGAGUAACUUCUACGCCCAGUACAAAUCCAUCGAGCCCUACCUGAAGAAGAAGGACGAGUCCAAGGAGGGCAAGCAGCAGUACCUGCAGUCCAUAGAGGAUCGCCAGAAACUGGUCACUGCAAUUUCAGUGCUGAAACCCCUCCCAGAGCAGCCCAGGGUCACAGCUGAGCCCUCAGCCCCUUCCCAGUCCCACUGUCCCAGCAGUAUUCCCUCCCGCGAUGAGUUCACGGAGGAGCGCCUGGCGCAGCUGCAGGACCCGUUCUCGCUGUACCGCUGCCACACCAUCAUGAACUGCACCCGCACCUGCCCCAAGGGGCUGAACCCCGGCAAAGCCAUCGCUGAGAUCAAGAAGAUGAUGGCGACCUACAAGCAGAAGGCAGCGACUGCCUGAGGGCUGAGUGACCCAGAGUGACCUGGAGUGACCCCAGAGUGACCCAGAGUGACCCUCACACCUGUGCCAGGGUCACUGUGCACCUGCAAUAAAGGCUGUAAAGAACA